CAAUUCGAAAUCAUAAUUGUGUAAGAAGCCUCGGGUUACAGUACAGAAAAAAAGAAAAAAAAAUAUUUUUGGCCUUUUUUGGUAUAGUUUUAGUUCUAAAAUUUCUUCCAAAUUAAUUGUAACAAGUUUUUUUUUACAUUGUUUGGCAAAGCAAGAGUUUCUUGAAGAGCCAGGGCUGUGGCUUGGAGUUCGGGGAAAAUCCAUUUCCCAGUGGCUGGGUAUAGGUGGAUUAGUGUUAAAGCAGAUAAGUGGCCCGAGUUACGACCUUUAUGGUUUGCCGAUCGACUUUUCGCUUUUCCGUGUAAAGCGACUGCCUGGCAUGACUCAGCUCCUUGGCGAGCUCCAAGCGAGCCUUCAGGCCCUCGGCAUUUGCGGUCAUUGGCUUAAUCAGCUUUUUAUCGUGGCUUUUUUCCACAUGCAACCGUUGGUUUGCCCGUUCCAAGUGCUAAAUCUCAACUUGCAUUUGCUUCUGACCUUCAGCCGGGAAUCGAUCAUGAUCUCAUCCAUCAUGGCAUUAUCCCACGUUUCUUGAUCAAGCGCCUUGAACUUGUCCACUUUGAUCUCCUUGUUACGCUCCAAAAGCCUUAUCCCAGCCGCCCAGCACCAGUUCCUAAAUAGGCACCCCCCUUUUUUUUUUAUUCAUUCUAAAUUUAAAAUUAAAAAAAAAAGUUGCUUCUGCGCAGUAAGACCGUGCCGCCGGGGUCGUUAUUUAGGACUUUUUCGAUUUAACCCCCAUUCUUUUUGUUUUUGGGGAUGAAGCUGUGUGUGUUUGUGUUUUUGCAAUUGUUCGACUUGAAAAAACAGCCCCAAGAUGGAGGAUUGUGAAAGCGAUGUCUCACAGUUCAUGCUGGACGACCUGCAGCUGGCGGCUGAGCUCGGAAAAACACUGCUGGAGCGUAACAAGGAGCUGGAGACGCAGAUCAAGGAGUACAAGUUCAAGGCGGACGAGCAGGAGCGCGAGAUUGUGCACCUGCGGAAGCACAUAAAUGCUAUGACCGAAGUAAACGAUUCCCGGCUCAAAGUCUACGAGCAACUGGAGGUUGGGAUUCAGGACCUGGAGCGUGCCAACCAGCGGCUGAAUGUGGAGAAAAGCCGUGAUAAAAAGCAAAUUAAGCUACUGGCCGCCAAUGCUGAGGGCCUGGAAGCACGCUGCGAGGAGCUUGCCCAGCAGCUGAGCGAUGCCCGGCAAUCACUAAACUCGGAACGGCGAAAGGUCGAUCGUUAUCAGCAGGAACGCCAUAAUAUGAAGACAGCCGAGCCACCGAUCUGCUUCAACACCAAUUCACCUAUAACCAACGACCAGGAAAUGGGUUUUCCCCAACUGCAAUCCAUAGCCCUGGCCAGUCCCGAGAACAUCUCGCUUUGCAAUGCUAAUCUGGCGCUGAGUUUGGCCGAAAAGACUUCCCUGAAGAGCGAAGACAGCGAGGAGCUGGUCAAGCUGCUUGGUGAAAUGGAGACUAUAAAGCGGGACUUUCUCACCGAGCAGCAGCGUUGCGCUGAACUGGAGGAGCAGCUGGUGGCCAUCAUUCAAGAGAACCAGUGCCUUCAGGGCCGCAUGGCCGACACCAGUGCCAACCAGGAAAUGAUGUCCAUGCACGAGGAGCUCUCCCUUUUGGACGACGUGCGGCAGGGCCAGAUGUGUAGUCGCUGCCUGCGAGACAUCAACGAAAGCAUCCACAAUCUAGACGAGCAGUCAUCUGUUGCCCCUACGGAGGAGAUCUACGAGGACGACGAGCGGAGCAUGCUCAGCGAAAGCACCUCAAAGUUCAGCCACAGUGCCAUUGAAGAUCGUUUCCGAAAGCCCGGCGACGAUCUCCAACUGAACGCCAUCGAAAGCUCAAAUCCGUACCGCGAUCUAGUCGAGAAAUAUGAGGCACUGCUGGAGGUGCAGCGGACUUCCAUCGCCUCGAAAAAUCUAGCCGAUGCCAAAAAGACAAGUGACUUAAAUCCUGCUCCGGCUCUGCAGCCGAAAGAGGACACCAUUGUCAGCAGCUCAAAGGAAUCUGUGGUGACGCUCAACAAUGCGCCCAUUGAGUUCUCCGAGGCCGAGACUUCCUCGUCGGGUUUCUCUGACGGAACGGGAAAUAAGUUCACCCAGACCGAUGAGCGCCCCAGCUCCUUCCUUUGCUCAAUCAGCAAUGGCAACGAUUGCAAGUUCAGUAUCUACGAUGAUGUCAGUCCCAUUGAAUCUCACUUCCGCAACCGUCCUGAGCACCGGGAGCUCUUCAAGGAGAUCUUUGGGGUGCUAAAGAAGGCCGCCGACAACAAUGAAAACGAGGAUAAGCAGGGAGUCGAGGCGAGUGGUACAGCGGCUGCAGACAUCUUAGUGCCUCAGGCUGCCAUACCACCCCUAAAGGAGGAGUCUCCCGAGGACUUCAUAGACGACACCCAAAGCGUGGUCUCCUCGAUCAUGUCCAGCCAGUCAAUAGCCAUUUCCGAGUGCGUGACAAAGUUGGAACGCAAAACGGCCAAAAAGCACAUACUAUCCGUCUCUAGCUCGUUGAACACCGCCUCCAAGCAGGGUUCGGUCUGUGAACCCUCUACCAUGAAGCCCAUUGAGGAGAAUGGACGUGUGCUGACGCCCCUGAAGCGUGAGCCUCUCGAAUACAUAACCAUAGCAGUUGGCAUCAAGAAAAAGAAUCGACGAAAGCACCGCAACCAGAGCUCAUCCCGUGACCGUGUCGACUUGAUUGAUUCCCGUGAUAAUGUGACCCGGAACAGUCCCCUGGCCACCAGGCAGCAGCACCAACACCACAUGGGACAGGGCAGUGUCUCGGCCCCACUGAAUAGAGACUUUGGACGCGGCAUCAGCCGCAGAGGCAAUGCUCCAUCAUCGUCGUCGGCGUUCUCGGGCAACUGGAACGGAUCCCCAAUGGUGAUUUACAACCAAAACAUGAAUACUCCUCGAACUUCUCGUGGCCACAAUACCGUGUCCCAGGAUCUGCAUAAGCUCAAGAAACUCGAUCUAUCCUAUGCAGAGGUGUUGCGACGCGCCGAUCCCCCCUGUGAUUAUAUUCCCUCGAAAAUGCAGCAUUCCCAGCGACAGCAGCAGAGCAACGGUUCCAACUCAAGGAAGAACCGCCAGAGACGCCAAUAAACCUAUUUUUAGGAAAUUUAGUAAUUAUUUAUGCCCAAACCCGAAUCCUUUUAUACCCGGCAUUUAAAUCUUUUUUAAUUUGAUGUGUCAUGAGAACUCUAGUCCGUUUCUAACGCAUAUAGACAGUUAAAUUGCCUCUAAUCGUAAUCUCUAUCUCUAUAAUCCGGAGUAGCUCGCUGCUUGCUGUUAAAAUUGUCUCAUGUUUCUCGUAAAUUGUGAAUACAAACGAUACCAACUUAAAUUUAUAACUAAAAAAUCUGCAUGACUAAACUAAAUAUUGUAUCCUAA